AUGGGUGAAAUGAUCAUGUCGCACCUGUUCCUAGCGAUUGAGCAAUCGAAGAUCUCCAUACCCAUCCUCUCUAAACGUUAUGCUUCCAAUAGAUGGUGUCUUAGAGAGUUGACCCAAAUGGUGGAAUGUAGGAAAAGGAAGGGACAGAUAAUCGUGCCCAUCUUCUACCAUGUCAAACCAUCCGAGGUUCGAGACCAAACCGGAUGUUAUGGUGAGGCCUUUCUUUCGCACGAAAACGAGAAGCGAUAUGACGAUGAGACCAUACGAGAGUGGAGAGCUGCUCUCCAAGAGGUUGCAAGUUUGCAGGGAUUCAACCUCACAGCUAACAGCUAUUGCAGAAAAGGUGAAUUCGUGAGAGAAGUUGCCGCAUAUGUGUUGACGGAAUUGAAGAGAAACUUCGUUGGAAUCGAGCCUCAUGUGGAGAAAUUUAUGAAAUUACUAAAUGUGGAAUCUAGUGAGGUUUGUGUAGUGAGAAUACACGGCAUAGGUGGCACCGGAAAGACAACGAUUGCAAUGUCUGUCUACAAAAGAAUAUUUCAUCUCUUCGAUGGCUGUAGCUUUCUGGAAAGCGUAAGAGAAAAUGCAAAAAAACCAGGAGGUUUAGUUAAUUUGCAAGGACAGUUGAUUUCUGACCUUCUAGGUGCAAUGCAUAGACAAAUUCCUUCUGUUGAUGAUGGGAUGAAGUCCAUCAGAAGUAGAUUCUUCCACAAGAAAGUUCUCAUUAUUCUCGAUGAUAUUGAACCAACCUUUAGACUUGAGCCAAUUUUAGGAAUUCUUGAUUGGUUAGGCUCUGGAAGCAGGAUCAUAAUUACCGCUAGAAACGAGCAAGCUUUAGAUGAGCUUAAAGUGUUCCAGAAAUAUGAGGUGGGGGGAAUGCAAGCAGAUGAAGCCCGUGUACUUUUUCAUGUCUGUGCCUUCAAGGAGAAACAUGCUCCAGAUGACUUGGCUACUCUGUCAGAAGAAAUAGUAUCAACUAUUGACUGGCUUCCUUUGACUAUUGAGGUUGUCGCGUCGUAUCUAUCUUCUAAAAGAGUGGACGUGUGGGAGGAGAUAUUAGUCGAGUUGAAAAGAGUACCUCCGCGAGAAGUUCAAAAGCAAUUGAUGGUAGUCAUCAACGCAUUACCUUACAAGCAGAUACAGGUAUUUCUGGACAUUGCUUGUUUCUUCAUUGGAGAGGAUGAAAGUGUUGCAUGCUACCUGACUGUGAUUCCGCAAGCCGAUUGGAAUUAA